AUGGCAAAUCAAGCUUCAUUAUGCUUUAUGUUCUUCUCUUUUCUCACUCUCUUUGCACUAAACAAUGCUUUAUCAACUAGAUUCCUUCAUAACAGCAAGAUCUCAAAAUCUCAGAUUCAGUUUAGGAGAACUCUGCAAGACACUAAUCCAGCAUCAACUUCACCAACAAUCAUCACUGUUCCUUCAACCACUCCAGGUGCUACAAAUCUUGUUCCUUCUACCACACCACCAACAAAUCCAGCAAACUCACCAGUUCCUGUUACAAAUCCUGUUACAGCUCCUGUAACUGUUCCUGUGAGUUCUUAUCCACCACCUUCACCGUUAUCAGGAACUGUUCCUGUUCCUGUUACAAAUCCUCAGCUUCAGCCUCCUCCUUCAAACAUUAAUCCUCCUCCAUCUUCAUCUUCAUCUUCAUCUCCUCAAGGUGGUGGUGGUGGUAGCUGGUGUGUGGCUAAACCUGGAGUUUCACAAACUACUCUUCAAACUGCUUUGGAUUAUGCUUGUGGGACUAAUGGUGCUGAUUGUUCACAAAUACAACAAGGUGGAAUCUGUUAUAACCCUAAUUCACUUCAAAACCAUGCUUCUUUUGCUUUCAAUAGCUACUAUGUAAAGAAUCCUGCUCCAACUAGCUGUGACUUUGGAGGGGUUGCUACCAUUGUUACCACCAAUCCUAGUACUGGUACUUGCAUCUUUCCAUCAUCUUCAGGAGGAGCAGGAACAUCCGGCUCUGGUUCUAACUCACCUUCAAUAGGUUUUGGUGGGCCUUCGACCUCUCCGGAUUCAUCUCACUCAACAGGUCUGAGGCCUUUCCUGAGUUUCAUGAUUCUGAUGACAUUAUUGGCCAGCGGAAGACUCGCGAGUCCAUAG